UUUUUGUCUGAAAUGAGGAAUAAAUUGGAAAAUUUACAAAAUUCUGGAUUUACUGGAGAUGAUUCUUUUAAUUCUGUUGAUGCUGAAAAUCAAGCUUUAAAUCAAAAUGAUGAUCUUCCCAAGAAUGGAGAAGAAUCUCAAGAUGUUAAAUUAAACAAGUUUGAAGUACCAAAUCAGGGCAAACUUUUGGCUAAAGAGUCUGACAAUGUCAAUUGUACUGUUGAAAAGGCUGCUAAUAUUGAUGGUUUUGUUGUUGGUUCAUCAACAAUUAGCAACGAUGAAACUACCUUUUCUACAAUUGAAAAUAGUUUGGAAGGAAUUGGGAAGGAUCAAACUGCACAAUUUGGUUGGACUGGGAAUGAGAAUCAAAAUACUUCAACAAGUAAAAGUCAAAUUACUAUGGAAGAGAAGCAAAACGAUGAUGGUUCUGAUUGUGGAAUUAAACUUUGUGGAAAAGAAUUGGGGAAUUAG